CAAACCUUUAAAAUUAACAUGUAAACAUGUCGUUGACUCAUUGUGAAAUCAAAAGAGAAAAAAACCUAGAACGUGACAACGAUCAGAACCGGAGACGCCACAGCGGAAAGCUCGUUAAACGAGCUGUCAAUCAGUCUCCCCCCGUAGCAUCUGAACUACCACCAACCGACAAACCUGGAUGUUCUCAAGACCUUCCCUCCGCUCCUCCUACACCCCGGGGGGAGAGGUGGAGCCAGCUCCCCCCACCCUGAUGAGGCAACGCGUUUAGGUCAGUCAGUAAAGUUUUAGUGUUUCAGAUAGAGAGAGAGAGAAAGCGAGAGAGCGAGAGAGAGACAUUCCCCGUUGACUUUACGAUGAAACCUUGAUCUUUUGGAGCUUUCAUCGAGCAUGGCGGGGUCCAAGAAGAGAGUGUACUGCUGUUGCGCGCUGAUGCUGCUCGGCCUGGUCGCUGUGAUAGUCUGCGUUGCGGCGUAUGCGGGGCGCAAGUGCCCAGAAGGCACUUUCGCAAAGGUCGCAGUGGCCGCAGACUCCGGGAAAUGUUCCCAAAUUGGACGGGACAUGAUUAGAAAAGGAGGCUCGGCGGUAGAUGGCGCCAUUGCCGCGCUGCUCUGCACCUCGCUUAUAAACCCGCAGAGCAUGGGCCUGGGGGGGGGCUCCAUAUUCACCGUGACGGACAGCUCCGGAAAUGUUAAAAUCAUCAACUCCAGAGAGACCGUGCCAAGACACAUAAAACCCGACCUGCUGGAAUCGUGCCCCAAGACUUUCCAACUCAUUUCAGGCAGCCAAUGGAUCGGGGUCCCAGGGGAAAUUCGAGGUUACGAAAUGGCACACAAGCAUUAUGGGAAGUUGCCGUGGGCCGCCCUCUUCCAGCCGACCAUCCAACUGGCCAGGGAAGGCUUUCCUAUUCCUGAGAUCCAAGGACGAUACAUCGCAUACAUCAACACGAACCAGACCAAAGCACUACGGGAUUUGUACACGGAUAAAAAUGGAAACUUGAUGAAGACUGGUGAUAUUGUGAAGUUUGAGAAACUGGCCGACACCUUGGAGAAGAUUGCAGACCAGGGGGCAGAGGCCUUCUACACUGGAAGUAUAGCAGAGGACUUGAUCCGUGACAUACAGGAGGCAGGAGGAACUCUCACAGCGCAGGACUUGGUGUCGUACAGAGUCACGGUGACUGAUGCGUGGGUUGUUCCUCUCGGAGAGUACCAGAUGUAUAUACCUCCACCCCCUGCAGGGGGCGUCAUCCUCAGCUUCGUCCUUAACCUCUUGAAAGAAUACAAGUUGGAUUCAAAGUCUUUGAUAGGUGAAGAAAAGAAUCUACUUUAUCAUCGUCUUGUGGAAGCCUUUAAGUUUUCCAACGGAUUAAAGAAAUACAUCCGUGAUCCAGGAUUCAGCUCAGAAGAAAUUGCCAAGAAACUCACCGAGGACAGUUUUGUCAAGCACAUACAGAGCUUGAUCAGCAACAGCCAGACUCACGAUGCCCACUACUACAACGUCACGCCACAUUUGGACAGCAUGGGCACCACGCACGUGUCUGUGCUGGCAGAGGAUGGAUCUGCUGUGUCGGUCACCAGCACCAUCAACCACAUAUUUGGCUCUAAGGUCAUGUCUCCAAGGACUGGGGUCGUCCUCAACAACCAGCUGUCUGACUUCUGUGGGAGAGAAGAGCACAUCUUUCCUGGGCAGCAGCCUCCAUCUAGUAUGGCCCCCACUGUGCUGAAGUCCAAUUCAAAGAUGCUGGUGAUCGGAUCGACUGGUGGGAACAUGAUCACGGCAGGGAUGGUGUCGACCCUCAUGAACCGCCUUUGGUUAGGCAAGAGCCUCAAGGAGGCGAUCGCUGCGCCGGUUGUCUACGUCAACGGUCAAAACAUAUUAUCCUUUGAGCCCAAUUUUGAUGAGAACGUGAUCAAGGCUCUGGCGGCUCUCGGACACACGCAAAAAACUAUAAGUCGUUUCUACAACGUGGUCAAUGCUGUGGAGAGGGAGGACGGCUGCAUCUGUGCCGUGUCUGAUGCCAGGAAACUGGGCGAAGCGGCGGGUUACUGAGACCCAGAGCUGGUGCCGUUCCUUUUCAGCAGGAGGGCCUUAAGGUUACAGCGACCUUCCGAAGGCACAAAAGCGACGACAAAUCAUGUUACGUGUUCGUAACGAAUCGCAGAAUAACUGUCGUCUUUGGCUGAACACCGUUACAUGAACCCUUUGCCUCUCAACAGAACUGGCUGCAGCAGUGACAUGCAGGAUUUUAAAGAAAGAACUGUGAUAUAAUGAGUUUUUGUUUGUACACAUAUUCAGUAACAAUAAAUACUGGUGGCAAUCUAUACCAA